AUGGCCUCCCAGCAGCUUCUGCGAACCCUCGACGCGCUUAUGUUAUUACUGCUGCUGGCAUGUUGUUCUACGGAUGCCAGUAUGCUGCGGCGUCUCUUCAGCACACAGCUCCAGGACAGCAGCGCAACGGCGACGUCAAGGGACUCAUCCCAUGCAAAAGCCGGUGCCAGGGAGCUCCACAGCACGGCCAGCUCCGCGACGGACCUAUCGCGGCAUCUAAUGGACGUCAGCAGUAGUCCUCCUUCCCCGCUGCCGGCGGCACCCCCCUGGGAGCUUGAGCUUGCACCCUACAUGGCCGACUUGUUCCCACCUCGCAAUCCAAACUCCACGCUGCUUCGGGGACCCCCACGUUUGGCUGGCGUCUUCAAAGGCAAGAUAUUUCUUGCUUCUUGCCUGGGCCAUAACAUGCGGGUGUUGCUACGGGACACCCUGUCUUCGGAGCGUGGCGUCAUUAUACUGCGUUUCCCCGCGGAUCAAAAUUCGGCGGGUUCUGGGGCCAGCAUGUACGACAGCCGUGGCGGCGGCGGCAGCGCCGGCGGGGGGAGCCAGCGGCAGCUGAUUCCCGGGGGCCUUCAGGGUUUGGAGGGCGAGUUGGUUAUCCGCAACGGCGACAGCAUCACCGACCGGGACCUGCGCUUCCGGCUGCGGGGCACCUUCGUAGCGGCGGCGGGCACCGUACACGCGGUUCUGGAGCCGCAACUGCCGCUAGUGCUCAAAGAGGAGGUGGAGAAUGGCGGCGGCGGAGCCGGAGGAGGGGAUGAUUGGCGGCAGCAGCAGCAGCAGCAGCACCAGGCCGGUCUUGCUGUUACAAAAGUGGCAGCGGCGGGGGGGGAGGGAAAAGCGGGGCCGGCGGCAGCCGUGAUGGCGGCGGCUGGAGGAGGCGGCGGCGGCGGCGGGAGUGCUGCUGCUGCGGCGGCGGCGGCUGGGGCUCGGGGUAGCGGCGGCGGCGCGCAGAGCAGCAGCGGCUACCGAGAGGCUCUCCGAACCGCAGCCCGCAACUUGGUCAUCCUGGGACCCGCAUGGCACCGUACACUUGUACGACACCAACCUCCGGCGCCGCCGUCGCCACCACCGCCGCAUGGAAGCGGCGGCGGCGGCCAGCGGCGACAGGCCGUUGCGGAAGGCGAGUCGUCGCCGCCGUCCCCGCCGCGACCUCCGCUAGAGCUGGCGCUGCUUCAGGCCUGUGAGCUAAGGGCGGACUUUCGAGUGUACUACAAGGGCGAUCCGGACGCCACGUCCCACGUGCAGUUCCUGCGCCUGGACGAGCCGCCCUCGCCGCCGCGGCAGCUGAAGCCAUCAGCGGCGGCAGGGGUGACUAGCGGCGUUGACGGCGACGUCAACCCUGCCGCCGCUACCGUCGUACGGCAGCUACGGCACCUUACCGCAGAUACGGAAAUCUACCACAGUACGCAGAUGCAGCUGCAUGCCGACGCGACGGCGUCUGCUGUUGCGGGUGGCGGCGGCGGCGGCGGCGGUGGCGGUGCUGCGCCGGCGGGGGCGGCAGUUCCGGCGGAGGAUGUUGUGUACGGCAUCCCACCGGGGAUGGAUCCGAUGGAUCCGGAUUUGGAACUGGUGGGCGUGGUGAUGUCACCCAACUGCGAAUUUGCCGUACAUUUCAACGCGUCGUCCGUACAUUUGGAGCGGUACUACCGGCAAGCUGUGCGAUAUAGCGUUUUGGUGGCGGCAGUGACUAUUGCGCAGAUACUGCUGUCAGUGAGCCAGGCGGAGGCGGCCUCGACCCCCUCAGCCGCCGCCCGCAUGUCGCUCUACUCCGUCACCAUGCAAGCUAUCCUGGACGCCUACCAGUGCCUGCUGCACCUCACUGGCGCCCUGGUGGUGGACGCGCUGUUCGCCGCCUUCGCCUCCAUCGCCUUCUUGCAGUUCCUCUUGUUCGCGGUGUUCGAGAUGCGACAGACGCUGCUGGUCUUCAGGGCGCAGAGGACCAACGGCACCGGCGACGGUGGCGACUUUUGGAGCGUGCGCCGAGCUAUGUCCGCCGUGUACUUCAGGUUCUACGGAUUACUGUUACUGGCCGCCGGAGUGGUGGUGGUGGUGGUGGUGGUGGUGGUGGUAGCGGUAUUAGUGGUGGUAUUAGUGGUGGUGGUGGUAGUGGUGGUGGGUUAUGCGGUGCAUGAUGCUGAUGCUCAUGCUGACAUGGGAGGUGUAUGGGUUGAUGCUGGAGGGAGCAUGGUGAGUCUGUUGUUCAUGUUUCAGUUCAGGUCUCAGCUGGCUCUGUUGGUCCUGGUGCUGCACAGCUGGUGGGUACCGCAGCUGGUGUACAGCGCCACGUCAGAUACACGUCCGCCGUACAUGGCGGGGUACGUGUGGGGCAUGUCGGCACUCAGGUGGCUGGCAGAGGUGAAGGCCUGA